UCCAAAUUGUAUUGCAUUUUCCCUGGCAUUUGUCAAAACAUUUUAUAUCCUAUAUCCAUCAUUUGUCUAUCUUAAAGCCACAAACAACACCAUUAAUUAUGAAGCUUAUACUCGCCAUCAUUGUCGCCACACUCUCAGUCGAGGCGAAAAAGCGCAUUUCUGGCGCCGUUUAUUCAGCCAUGGGCCUGAUUCAGGCAUCAGCAGUUCCAUUUGCGUUAAUUGCACCUUCCGCUCCUGUACCUGAUGUGGCCACAUGUGCGGAUGAAUUGUCGUCAAGCGCGACUCAUUAUUAUUAUUCAAAAGUGCCAUCCACAAGCCAAGAAAAAAGUUUUGAUGCUAUCACAUCUUCAUGCACGUCGAUGCCGCCGCCCAGGCACAGUGGUGAUGUAUACUCAUACAAGUCAUCUUCGCAGUUUGUUUCUGGCAGCACAAGCAGCAAUACCAAUUCGUCGGACUAUGGAGGUGGCUCUAGCGACACACACGCUGGUUUUGCUUCCAACAGCUAUACUACAGCUGCCGAUCCUUCUGUAGAAACAACAGAAUCUCUGCAAACAAGCACAAUUGAUGGCACUUCGCCGACAACUGCUUUAUUAUACUCCAGCUUAUUUGACCAGGAACCACCCAACAAUAUUUAUUUCUCAGAAGCAUAUGCUAUUGCGGUACCCACUUACCAUGAACCGUCGUCCUCGACUAGUGCUACUACUGUGGUUCAAAGCUAUUCCGACCUGACAUCUUCCGCACCGAAAUUGAUGACAACGGACUCGGAAACAAGUGAAAUGGAAAAUACAGACAGUGAUGUAAUCUUGUCUCAGUAUCCAGAUUAUUCUAGUACGAGCACAGCCGCGCUGAACGAGAUAGACACUAUGCUCAGCAACUUUUAUGCUAACGUGCCUCCGCCACCAACAACCAUUGAGCAGGACCCUCAGACAUUUGCUACUUUGAUUUCCCCGAAGGCCCCAUAUAUCCUGACAUGGGCGUACUAUUAAGCAGAAGAUAAAAAUGGUUAUUGUUUCAUUUUUAUUUAGUUGAUAGUAACAGUAUGCCAUUCAAACUUAAAAAAUAUUACCAAAGAAGCAGGCCAAACAUAUCAGACUGACAAUUGCAGCGCGGUCAGUUGUAUUCGGACUCUGCUUUGCAAGCGAUAAGUGAAGUAAAAAAAUAAACCAGCGAUCAGCCCCGACUCAAUAUUUUUCUCAUGUAUUUCGUGUUUUUGUGAUAUUUUCAACUUG